AUGACAACGAUGUUCGUCCAACUGCGCCGCGUGGUGUACCUGUUGGUACUUCUUCAGUGUUGUACUUGUGUGGCAUAUGCGCAAGAUGAUGAACGUAUGACCGAUGAGGAUGAGAAACAUUUACAGGGAAUGACUAAAUUGAGAGUUAAGAUGGCAGAGGAGAAGAAAAAAGUUGAGGCUAUCCGUGUGUCAGUAAACACCGUAAAGAAAGAAUGGAGUGAAGUGUCGAAGUGUGCUCAGAAUGCAACAACGACGGCCAAUGAAGUUAGAGAGCUUCUUAUGGAGACUAAAGGCCGUAUUUUGUAUCUACCUGAAAAUGAGAAUGAGAAGAAUAUGAGUGAAUUGAAAGAGGUGUUAAGGAAGGCAGUAGAUGCAUCAAAAGAGAUCACUGUUGCCGCUGACAAUGCAAGUUUGACAGCUAAAAAAAUAAGCAAUUUGACGCAGGAAAUUCAACAGGGGCAAGAUGAUUUGUUUAAAGUGAUAGGUCGUCUUACGUGGACUGCUAAUAAUCACAUUGACAAAAAAGAUGAAAAGAUAAAAAUAAAGCAGUUUGCUGAAGAGUGCAAGAAAGAAGCGAAGGAAGUAGAGAAUUUCGUUCUGGAUGUACAAAAGGACUCCGCAAGUACUUUUAGUUUAGCGGAGGAGGCCGAGGAAAAGGCAGCAGUUGCCUCCGAUGCAGCAGCGGAACUUCAGAAAAUCAUUAAUGAAACUUACCUAGAAUGCCCAGACAUGAAAGAAGAGCUGGAUCGUGAAAUUGAGGAGGAGAAACGAAGAUUGUCUGAAACCAACACAACAAAUGAAGGUGAGAACUCACCACACAAUAAUAAGGAGUUAGACGAUUCACAUCCAAAUAAACAGAAUGAGACGGGAAGCCAUGCAAAUGCCCAACAGCAGCAGAAUCAACAGAACUCUGAGAAUAAAAAUGAAGAAAGCAAUGUUGAAACACAAGAGAAUAAUAAUAGUUCUCAGAGCAAAACUCCAACACCCAGUGAUUCAUCUGCUUNUGUGUGGCAUAUGCGCAAAGUGGUGAUACGGCCUCCAUGA